AUGUCUAUCCCUAUUCCCAUUCAACAACAAGCCGCCGUGGUAGAAGAUCCAGGCGAUAAUUUCAAGAUUGUGCUUCGCCACGACAUACAAGUGGGGGAACCAGGCCCAGAAGAGAUCCUCGUUCAGUUAACAUGCACUGGACUUUGUGGCUCCGAAGUCCGAGCAGUAUCAGCCUGGGCUCCCUAUAACCCAAUCAUCGGCCACGAAGGCGUUGGAAGAGUAGUCAAAGCCGGCACAAACGUUUCCUCAUCACUCCUAGGCCAACGGGUAGGUGUCAAAUGGCUCUACAAUGCAUGUACAGAAUGCUCAAUCUGUAAACGGGGUUUCUUCCAUCACUGCCCAAAGCAGCUGAAUACCAGUCGCCAUGUUCCAGGCACACUACAGCAGUAUGUGGUUGCAGAUGCACGGUUUGUCACAAUGAUCCCAGAGAAUCUCAGCGAUGAGAUCGCUGCUCCUCUUCUUUGCGCAGGGCUUACUAUGGCUGGGGCAUUGGCACAUCUGGAUCAGGAGUUAGGACCUGGUGACUGGAUUGCUGUAUCUGGAUCAGGUGGUGGACUUGGACAUAUCGGAGUACAAAUCGCCGCUCGAGUGAAGAAGCUUCGUGUUAUUGCAAUUGACCGUGGAGAUGAGAAAAGAAAGAUUAGCAUGGACUCAGGUGCUGAGGCAUUUAUCGAUUUCAAAACAGAAGAUGUUGGCGCUCGGGUAUUAGAAUUGACGGGCGAGGGUGCCCAUGCGACCAUUGUUGUGCCCGGGAACAAAGAGGCGUUUCAAAUGGCACCCAUGUUAGUGCGGAAUAUGGCGACAAUUGUGUGUGUAGGAUUGCCACAGAAUCAGAUGGACAUUCCUAUUUCUGCAACUUUGAGUGCUGCUCGAGGACUCACAAUCAAAGGAUCGUCGGUUGGAACAGAGGAAAAACUGACAGAACUGCUUCAGCUUGCAGUUCAGGGGGUUAUCACACCUGAAAUUGAAGUCUUCGACUUUGCUGAAACUCCGAGAUUAGUUCGGCAACUUACGAAAGACCAAAUCAAAGGUCGAGCAGUGGUAAAAAUCCCGAUGAAUCAAUAG